AUGCCUCAAGACGUUGUAGUCAACGGCGGCUCGCGGCCAAAGGUGCUCAUACCUGAGAAGGUAUCGCCAGAUGGCCUCAAGCUGCUGCAAGCUUCGUUGGACGUUCACGAGAAGAAGGGUCUCUCACCGGAGCAGCUACUGGAGAUCAUUGGAGACUACGAGGCACUCGUCGUUCGCUCUGAGACCAAGGUCAACGCUCAGCUGAUUGCGGCUGGAAAGAAGCUGAAAGUCGUUGCCCGAGCAGGUGUCGGUGUCGACAAUGUCGAUCUUGACGCAGCCACGAAGCAUGGUGUAAUUGUUGUGAACAGUCCGCAGGGAAACAUCAAUGCCGCUGCCGAGCAUACCAUUGCUCUGCUCAUGGCAGUCGCCAGAAAUAUCGGAGAGGCAUCUGUCAGCAUCAAGUCGGGCAAGUGGGAGAGGAGCAAGUUGACUGGUGUUGAAGUCAAGGGCAAGACUCUGGCCAUCAUCGGUCUUGGCAAAGUCGGUCUUACCGUUGCUCGUGCUGCGGGUGGACUGGGUAUGAACCUCCUGGGAUACGACCCAUAUGCCAACGUCAAGCUUGCCGAAGCAGCCAAUGUUGAGCUAGCUUCUUCCAUGGACGAGCUGUUCGAGCAAGCCGACUUCCUCACGAUCCACACUCCCAUGAUCGCAUCUACAAAGGGCAUGAUCGGCCUCUCCGAGCUCUCCAAAAUGAAACCCACCGCCCGCGUCCUGAACGUCGCACGCGGCGGCAUAAUCGACGAACAAUCCCUCCUCGAAGCCCUCGAAACCGGCAAGAUCGGCGGCGCAGGUCUCGACGUCUUCACAGCAGAACCACCCAAAGAAGACGACUUCGCCAGCAAACUCAUCCGCCACCCCAAAGUCGUUGCAACACCCCACUUGGGCGCCUCCACAGUCGAAGCGCAAGAGAACGUCUCGAUAGACGUCUGCGAACAAGUCCUCCUCAUCCUCCAAGGCCAGCUCCCCCGCAGCGCCGUCAACGCCCCUAUCAUCAUGGCAGAGGAGUACCGCACCCUGCGUCCCUUCGUCACUCUCCUCGAACGCAUGGGGAGUCUCUACACUCAGCACUUCGGCCCUGACAACAUCGCUCGCCGCGUCCGUACCACUUUCGACCUCGUCUACGAGGGCUCCCUCGCGGAGACGAAGACGACGAAACCUCUCUUCGCGGCCCUCAUCAAGGGCCUCGUCUCGCCCAUCACGGACUCGGCAGAUACAAACAUCAACAUCGUCAACGCCGAGCUCAUCGCCAAGGAACGCGGAAUCCUCAUCAACGAAUCCCGCUCGCGCGAGAAAGUCGAGCAGGAAGGCUACUCCGCCUCCGUCACGCUCCGCGCGCGCCUCGAUCCUCGAUCUCCUUCUGCGCGCCGUGGCGCCGGCGGCGAUGAGAGACGCCCUGAACCCGUUAGAACUUCUACGGGUCGCGUGAAGGAACUCGAAGACCAAGUCAUCUCCGGCUUCGUCUCGAGUAACACGCCCUACAUCUCCCGCCUGGGCCGCUUCAGCACCUCUUUCGUCCCCGAGGGUACACUCCUGAUCUGUCGGAACUACGACGAGCCCGGCAAGAUCGGAACUGUGGGUGGACGACUAGGAAAAGCUGGUGUCAACAUCCGAUUCAUGAGCGUGGCGCCUAUUGAUGAGGGGAUCAAGGGGAGGGACGGGUCUUCCGAUGGCGAGGCUAAUGGGAAGGAGAAUGAGGCGCUCAUGAUACUGGGCAUUGAUAGGGAUAUUGAUGCGAGCGUGAGGAAGGAUAUUCUGGGGGAGGAGGGAGUGCUGGAGGCUAGUGUUGUUGCUUUACAGAAGUGA